AUGAAGCCAUCUGGUUGGAUUCUCCUGGCGGAACUGGUGGUGACACCCCCAGGUACACUUCACUACAUAGAGGAUCGAAUGCAGAGAAUAUUGGAUAUGGACAUGUUCACCUAUGGGAACAGCCGAGAGUGUACUGUCGAAGACUGGGGGAGUGUCGUGGCAGCUGCAGGAAAGCUGUCAAUCCUAAAUAUCAGGAAGCCGUCAGGAAGUCUGGACUCAAUCAUUGAAGUUGGUUUCUCUUGA